CCCCGCCCACUAAUAGAUUAGGUUUUACGACAGGGAGUGGAAAGGAAGUGAGUGUUAGUGAUGAGUCUUUGAGAACUAUUAGGAGACUCUUCUCAGAUGAGGUUCCUUCAGAACCUCCGCCCACUCAUGUGAUUGGUUUUUCUACUGCUAGUGGUAAGGGAGUGAGUGUUUCUACAGAAUCAUUAGAAGCAGUUAAGAGCAUGUUUAGUGAUCAUGAUGAUGAUAAAGUAGUAUCGAUUUCUGAAAGAUCUCGUCCUUCAUCAGAAGCUGCUACUUCAAUGACUCCAUCAAUUUCAAGAACUAGUGAUACUUGUGAUAAUGAUAGUACUGAUGUUCUUAUGACGCCUAAUUUAGGAUUGAAAACCACACCUUUUGCCCCACCUACUAAAGUACCAGAAAGAAGUGAUUCAUUGAGAAAACAAGCUACUAGUAGAAGAGGUCGUGUUUCCAGGCCUGAGAGUUUAUUGUGUGACAGAAGUAAUACAAUCAAAGCUAAACGAGCAAUAUGUCAAGAUCCAAAGACCACACCUAUUGCCACACCUUCCCACAUCAAGUUUCAAAAAGAGACUCCUAACUCAAUGUCCUCCAAAUACCGACGUCCUAAAAGAAUCAAUCCCGUUUGGGAAGGUGACCUUUCUAGCGACCUCAAGAGUGCAUUUUCUCUCAGUCCUGGUGUUGAUGAUGCUCUUAUUAGUAAGGAUUGGUUCACUAAUCACUAUAAGUGGAUUGUAUGGAAACUGGCCACCAUGGAGAUAUGCUUCCCUGAGAAAUGGGCUGGAAGGUGCCUAACAGUUGAUUGGUGUCUCUUACAAUUGAAGUAUCGUUAUGAUAUUGAGAUAGAUCAAGCUAAAAGGUCUAUUAUUCAUAAGAUAUGUGAAGGGGAUGACACACCCACACGCCACAUGAUCCUCUGUGUAUGUCACAUGACACAAGAGACCAACGCAAGCAAUGAAGUGGCUUAUUCUUUGGAGCUUACCGAUGGAUGGUAUUCUAUUCCGGCUAGAUUGGACAGACCAUUGUCCUCCUUUGCUGCUCGUGGUUUGAUAUGUGUGGGCGGGAAACUUGCUGUAUUUGGGGCGGAGCUAAGUGGAGAUCAAACUAAUGGACAUCCACUAGAGGUCUCCAAGUCCAAGUUAUUGUUAUUAAAUGCUAAUUCAGUGAGGAGAGCUCAUUGGUCGGCUCGUCUUGGACUAUUACCACACCCAGUCCCUCCUUCAUUUCCACUUCAAUCCAUUAUACCAGCUGGAGGCAUAAUACCAGCCAUUGAGGUCGUCAUUGCAAGACGCUAUCCUUUGCUUUAUGUUGAGAGAGGGUUCUCCGAUGGAGAUGGGCGGGGCUUUAAUGGGCGUGUCUUCAGGAGACGGCACGAGGAGGAAAGAGUGGAGAGAGAGUGGGAGGAGAAGAGACAAAAGAAAAUGGAAGAGAUUUAUGAAAGAGUUGAGAAGGAGUACAAAGAAGAAGUAGAAAGUCAUUCAAGACAGAGAAAGAGAAGAUCCAGUAGAGUAUCAGUUCGUUAUGUUAAACAGCUCCAAGAUGGAGAGGAAAUAUACAAUCAGCUACAGUCCUCAUCAGAUCCUGACUCAUUCAUGGAGCUUCUCUCUUCCACUCAGCGUACACUUUUAGAGAGCUAUCAAGUUUCUCUUGCGUCAAAGAAGCAAGAAGAGUUACAAUCACGAAUUAAGAAAGCAGUUGAAAAGGCCGGUGAAGAGUUGCCGCCCACUCGUAAUGUAUCCCAAUUACUGAGACUAGUACUGGUACAGUAUGGGGAAAUCCCCUCUUCUACUUGUUGUUUGCUUAGUGCUUGGAAUGUGGGUGGAUCUGAAAUGAGAGAUAACCUUAAGGAAGGAGUUACUCUUAGAAUAAGUAAAGUAUCAGCUAAUUCAAAUUUUCAUGAUGGACAAUUACAAUUAAGUUCAGGAAAGUUAACAUCUUUCUCACUCCUACCUAAAGACCAAUCUCACAUGAUUAACUAUACACAAAGACAAUCCAGCAGUAGUUACUCCUGCUCCUCCAACUCCUCCAACAAUAGCUCCAGCUACAGCACCCCCAAACCCACCAACUAAUGCACCAGCUACAGUACCAAUCCCAGGUACUAUGGGGCUGCCUAAAACACCACCAGCUACUGCACCACUUGUAGCUCCUACUAUAAUUGCUCCUGCUGUACCUCCACCUGCAACUGCAACAAGCCCAGAAUUUCGCUUAUACCAAGUUGCAAAUGCAACUGCUUGAGGAGUACAGCGUUGCCCACAUAAUGCCCAAAAAUCUGUAUUCCAUCCAAUUUCGCUUGUAGGCAGAGUUUUCUUUUUGCUACUUGUCACAAUACUUGGGAUGUCUCGAACUACUUCUGCUGAAAUUUUGUUUUCUAUAAGAUACGUCUUCAUUUCUGCUUUGACUGCAUUUUCCUGCCUUUUCAUGUGUUGUUUAGCACUCAUGCUUGUAUUUUCCCCAUCCCAUUCUAUAAGAUAUUGAUCUCCACAGGUAAACACAAUAAUAGUGUGUUGCAUCAAGUUAUCACCGAGUGCUCUUACCAUCUCUUUGAGCAUCAUCUGACAGUUUUUAUCAAAUCUGGCGUACAAUCUGUGGCAUAUUAGAACAAUGUCAGCACUCUUCAUUUUUGAUAUUGCACUCUCAAUGAUAGAUCGAUCUUUUGUUUUUGUAUCUCCAAAACCCCGAGUAUCGUAUACUGUAACUGGUAUGCAUGCAUCAUUAUUUUCACCUACUGUGUGGUGAAUUUCAUGUACUAUCUCAUGCUCAGUAGG